GAAUCGAUGCGACGGCGACGCGGGUCGCGGCUCGCGGGCGGGGGCGCGGGCGGGCGCUGCGUGGAGGGGUGCGCCGCGACGCGCGACGCGCCAGUCUCGUGCCGGUAGUCGGUAGUGCAGCUGAGCGACUCCGGGAGCCGUCCCCGCCGCGUCGUCGCUCGCUCGUAGUCGUAGUGUGCCCGCCGUCCGGCCCGCCCCGCGCCGCCGGCGCCUGAGCCCAUGGAAACCCAGAACCAGGAUACGGCCCGAAGCCCCGCCGAGGUGCCCAACGACCCGGGGAAGAUGUUCGUCGGAGGACUCAGCUGGCAGACUAGUCCAGAAAGUCUUCGGGACUACUUUAGCAAAUUCGGGGAAAUCACAGAAGUUAUGGUUAUGAAAGAUCCAACAACGAGGCGGUCGAGGGGCUUUGGCUUUAUUACAUUCGGCGACCCAGCUAGCGUAGACAAAGUAUUAGCUCAAGGAACACAUGAAUUAGAUGGCAAAAAGAUUGACCCCAAAGUGGCCUUUCCAAGAAGAGCACAUCCAAAGAUGGUUACCAGGACAAAGAAAAUCUUUGUAGGAGGGCUAUCAGCACCCACAACGCUGGAAGACGUAAAGAAUUACUUCGAACAAUUUGGACCGAUUGAGGACGCCAUGUUAAUGUUCGACAAACAAACCAAUAGGCACAGAGGUUUCGGUUUCGUCACAUUUCAAAGUGAAGACAUAGUAGAUAAAGUGUGCGAAAUACAUUUUCACGAAAUCAACAACAAAAUGGUGGAAUGCAAAAAAGCACAACCAAAAGAAGUAAUGCUCCCAGCGAACUUGGCAAAGACGAGAGCCGCCGGUCGCGGCGCGUACGAUUUCAUGUGGUCAUUGGGUGCUCUUCCUGAUGGUUUUCCCGCAGCAUACGCCGCGUACGCGGCAGGACGUAGCUAUUCGGGCUAUCCUAGCUUCGGGCUACCGUACCCAGCAGUUGACCUGACCAACGGCCAACUCACACCGAACAACAACACACCGCUGCUCGCGCAGGCGCUCUCAGUGAUGAACAACUACCAAGCAGCAGCAGCCGGAUUCGGACCACCAGCGUCGCCACACGCAGCCGGCGGCAGAGCCGGUUUCCCAGCAGCAAGCUCGCCGGGACCAGCGCUCGAUGUGUACGGUUCUGCGGCCGAUAGCGUCGGAUACGUGCAAGCGGCCAGCCCCCAGCCCUCCGGAUUCCCGGCGAUCGCAGUCAGCCGUGCGCCCCUCAAUUACACCCCAGGACCCUUGAUUCCUGCGGCUUUUACCAACGGUUAUCAUUGAAAGUGUUAUAGCACAAAUAUUUUACGUGGCGAGCGGUGUGGCGGCGCGUAGCGUCCCCCGAGCGCAGCCCGGCCGCCGUAAGACACAUCCUCCUCCAGCGCCCCGCCACCCGCCCGUGCUCGCGCGCAGCGCUCUCUAGCCAAUGACGGUGCCUAUCGCUGCCAGCGUACUAGCGCGCCGGCGCCGGCGCACAGCGUGACAGCACAUCGGCGCGCGCACAGCGGCGACGGUCGCCUCAUCCGUCCGGCCACCGCGCGGACUGAUCCGUCGACCGCGGCGUUUCAAUUUCGCACCGUACCCACCUCCCAAACUCCUUAUCCUCCACCCCACUCCUCCACGCACUCACCCUCCCCACCGUCCCCUCUAUUGUAAAUAACAAUAAUCUACUUUUUGUCGUGUGAACGAGAGAUAGUAUAUCGAUUGAACAGGUAUUUUUUCAAAUUUUUCUCGCUUCGACUGUACCGUAGAUGUGUUGUCAGAAUAAUUAAACAAUUUAAACUACAAAAAAAUACAUUUCAUAUUAUAUAAAAUGCAUCUAGAUGAUUUUAUUGCAGGGAGGUAUGUCUUAAAAUAUUUUAUUAUUCAUAGUUAAAUUACAGUUUAAGGUGUAAAACUACAUGUCCUCUACGUGCGCGGAAGUACAGUUACGAUAGGUAAAGAUAUAUUAUACUGUGAGUAAGAAUCGUAAUAACGACCGUGCGCGUUUAUAUUAUACAUUUUUAAUCGCAAGCUUAUAAGAUAAUUUAUUAUCCAGAGUCGAUAUCCAUUGUAGCGGUAUCGAAACGUGAUCACAUACGCAAUAAGCUUGGCCCUCCCCGUGUUCCACGUGUACAAAGUCGAGUUGGUCGGUAGCGGCAUAGUUAGUUAGGCUGGUUGGGCCGUGUCGCGCGCGCGCGCCACUGGCGACACGCGACGGCUGGAGACCGGAGACAAUAACGCGGUGCGCGACCAUGCGCCCGCGCGCCUCCUCGCUCGUCCACCAACACAUAUUUUAUUCUAUCUAUUUUUAAUAUUAAUGUCAAAUAUUAACAUAAUUAUUAUACUACUAUAUAUUAUGCAUAUUUUACCUAUGAAUGUAAUUAUUUUCGCCUAAUUCGAAUUGUAUAAAAUCACCUCUUUGAACGGCUGUUCUGUUUCAGUAGCGAACAAAUUUCUCGAUUACUUCCGUAUAAGACUACGUUAGUUACGCGUAUACAUACUUUCUAAUAUUAUGUAUUAUGAUAUAAAAUUUUAUCCUAAGGAUAAUAUGAUCGUAUUUAUGAUUCAUAGGGACGUUUGGAAAGCUAAGUCGGAACAUUUCACAAUAUCUCUCAUCGCGUUAAGAUAAUAAUUCGUUUCUAUCUUGUACCUUUGAAAGUAGGUAUUGUAAUUAUAUAAUAAAAUAAAUAAAUAACAAUUUUGUGCAUUACGUAAUAAAUAUUUCAUUGUUUCUUACGAUUGUAUUUACCGUAAUAUAAGACCACUGUUAAAAAAUUACAAGCCUCCUAUUUAUACGAGAGGCUACACCGUACUUAGUCGUAUUUUAAAUUUUAAUCAAAAUAAUAAUACUAACAAUAAAAUUUCGUACAGACAGUAUAGUUAUCUACACGUCACAAACAAUUCAAUAAAAUAAAAGACAGGGAUAUUAAAAAAAAAAAGAUAUAAAACGGCGCAGGUUCGAGGUAAUAGAAUAAAAUAUGACGUCAAUUCAUUAAUCAUAUUCGUUAGGUACUGGAGACAUUUUAUCGACCACUUUGUCUAGUUUGCAGCAGACACGGAGCAGCGCCGGUCACCCGCGUAGCACCGCCGUAGAACGUUCUACAUACCUUUACGCGCCACUACAGCGCGUAGAGAUACUGUGGCGCGUAGCUACGGCGGCGCAAGCGCAUACACUCAACCGACGCUAACCGCUCGCUACACACUUGCACUCGGUUGCAUUCAUUCGUUAUUUACUAUUAUUAUUACUCAUUACCUACAUCAAUUAAACAUUAAUAUUAUAAAUCUAGGUAUUAAAUUUUAGGUAAUAAUAAUAAACAAUCUUUUAAAUGCUAUUAUUAUAUAAAUACGUUAUAAAUAUAAAUGUUUCCUGUUACAAAAAAAAAUAUUGAAAAUGAUACGAAAUAAAUCAAUAUUCUUUUUAAAGGUAAUUUAUUACUUAUGAGUAUGUAGUUAAUUGAAUAAUGGAGUGUUAGACGGAGUGCGCUCGUCGCCGGGCGGCGCGCUCGCUUCGCGUUUUUUGUUCGUUCGUGCCGAAUUCGUUCGCUGAGAAGGUCACGUGCGGCAGGCAACGCGCCGAGCGCCGAGCGCCGUGCCGCACACGCCACUGGAGACGCGACCGCGAUUAUGUUGUUAAAAACAUUAGCUAGGAAAUUGAUAAUGAAAUCGAAAGGUGUGAAGUCAAUAGGACGGUCGGAAUAUCGAUAUCAUACCUAACAAAUUAACGUAAUUAUUUGUUUUAUAUUUACGGUGUUAUAGGUAUUUAAGACAUUUUUUCUUAGAAUAUUUAAUUAUUACGAUGAGAUGUUAUAAUUGUUAGGCCCGGGCCGGCGGCGGAGCGGCGCGCGCGCACCUCGCCGCCGUCGGCCGUCUCAUUCACUCUCACAUCCUCACUAUAAUUAUAUUUUCUUACCGACCUUUUUAAUGUAGGAAAAGCGCACACGGCCGCUUGUCCCCGUGCGAGUACGAGUACAAACAAACAAACAUAGUGAGAGACGUUCGUUUCGCCGCGUUCGUGAGAAGCCAUCGGUUCGCCGCGAUUGCAUCGAGACGAUACAUAAUGACAAUUAUUGUAUAUACAUAGUUAACCGCAUGUGUAAAAAGACGUUUAGGUAAGCGCCACACUGGCGUAUCACGCGCGACCGAUUUUGCCGUCCGUCUGACACCGUCAAUUAUCGUGACGUACAACCGAUCCAGAGGCAUUUAUAUGCUAACUUUUUAACGAUCUAGUCUAGUCCUUAUACUUCUAAAAGUACACAGAAAGACCUAUAGUGGACUCUGUUAAGCAGAAUCAUCAAAGAAACAAUUUGUGGUAUUUUCAAAAAAUUUCUAAACGACAUGAUAUUUUUUUAAUUUUAAGAAAUUCUAUAGAAAAUACUCCAAAUUAAAUUAGUGAGUUACAUCAAAAUAUAAUCAUGAUCGCCAAUAGAAGGCCUAUAAAGUACAAACGUAUUCAGUUCAAGAGAUUGAACAAGUACAAACAUGUUUGACUAGUUCGUUAAAAGGCGUCGUGUAAUCGGUCAUUGUUUGGCGCUACACUUAGUCGAUACCAUCUGAUCGAUAUUAGAUUCAUUCGAGCUGCAAUCAGGAUUAGCUUGACGAAUGAUUAGUUUCAUUGUUGUUGUUAUGGUUUGUUGAUACGAGUUUGUGAGGUUAUUUCGUUAGUAUAUCACCCUUAGGGCACCUAACACGGGCUGUAUUGUGAGGUUAUCUCUCACGUCAUAUUCCACCUUGUUUUUUGUAUAUAUGCAUAUGAUGCGUUAACCUCAAAAUAAUAGCAAUAAAAUUCACAUAUAAGUACCUACUUAAUAAUUUAGAAUUUUAUUUUCAUAUAGUAGUAUUUUCCCUUUAUUAUCCAUGCAUUUACUGCCAAAUAAUAUGUCCCGUGUUUUAGUCGCCACACCAUCACGAGGUGGUUCCCACGCGAUUACCGCUUGGUUGCCGAUGCAAGCGCGCGGUCGUUGUGGCAACCGCGUCGUUCCUCUCGCUUGAUCGUAUACACGUUAGUUGAUUUACUACAGUCACCAUUUUAGAAAUGUGUUCUAUAUCAGAAUAAAGACUACGUAAUGAUAAGCGAGAUCUCAAAUUUAUUUUAAAAAUUCGUUAAUUGUGAUCCUAAUAUUGCGACUUAUAUAUAAUAAAAUUAUAAAAGAUAAUUUAUUAUAUUUUGUAUAAUGACAUUCUACGUUAUUUUACACUCGAUCUACUUUAUAUUGUUAUUAAAGAUAAUAAUUAAUUUUAAUCUAAUAACGUGACAGACUGGUAAAGUUCGUAGUGUCGCUGUGGCGGCCAUAGAUCAGUAGCUUUGCAUAUUCGGCGAUGGCCAACUUAAUGUUUCAAGGACCAAAGGUAUACUUAUUCGCGUAGAACCGGACGCGCAUUGGCUCCGCACGAACCGACCCCAGCCGAUCGGUUGUUUCAUUGCAGCAUCAGAGCGUGUCUAUGAGUAGAGCUAUGAGAAUUUAUCACGGCGGGCUGUGGCGGGCGCGCCUUCCUCGUGUGCUGCACGGAGCGGGGCGUGCCGGAGCGUCGGUCAGGCCAGCGGCCGACUCCGGCACCCAGGCUCCGUUCGCUGCGGACGGCGGAAGGCCGCGGCCGCUAGCGCUCGCGAACCCUGUCCCGCCCCCCGGCACCCUGUCCCGCCCCGCGCAACGCCGCCCGCUUGGUUUCGUUCUCGCGGUUACUUCUCGAUUGCGUGCUUCGCGUGCUGACUGAUUUUCUAUAGCAAUAAAAAAUCAAUUACCUAAGAUUUUACAUUAAAAUAAAUUUGGAUUUAUAUACGUUCGAAUUUGGUGUCAUGUACAUUUAAAAUAUUAGAGAAAGGAGAUAACGAUAGGCGAACGAUCCGCGACGUGUCCCGUCGCGGUUUCGGCGCAUUAUUUUCGUCAUUUCUUCGUGUAUAAUAUGUUACAUGAAUCUGUAUACAAUAUGGAUAUAAAUCGUAAUGAUGAAUAAAUUAGUUUUUACGGCAUCUCUUUAUUAAAAUAAUGAUAAUAUCAAAAAGUUUUGUAAAAAGCGGUGGGUAUGUCCGCCGCCCCGAUUCCGUGCACCAGUGCACUUUCUUAUUGGAAUAUUACAUUAUAUAACGUACAUAAUACUAUGAGAUAUAUAAUCAUACAGCCUCUCGGGGCGCGCGUGUAUGGCGAUGUAUGUAUACACAUUGUGCAAUGUACAUAUACCUAUUAUAAUACAAUGAUUUAAGACAAGGUUCACAUCGUGCCGUGUGUAUGUGGUAAUAAAUAUAAUAUGGACAUUGUUCAAACAAUAA